UCAGAAAUUCUAAAAUCAUAUGUCGCGGAAUGAAAAUUAAUCGUGUGUUGCGCUUCUAAAACAAAUAAAUUAUUUCAGUGAAACGAUGAGCGCAAAUCCAAAGUUGGACGAUCUAGUUCAAUCAGUGACGUUAUACACAUUAAAACCAACAGUAUUUCAUUUAUAUGUGUUGCCAUUUCUUGUAUUUUAUUCAAUUUGGCUUUACGUGUGGUUGGGGAUAUACGGAUUUUCUGAACACUACGAAGGUGGUUUUGUGGGUCUAGCUGUUAUUGGUUGUUUCCAAAUUUUAUCAUGUUUGGCGUGUUACUGGUCGGUGCAUGUUCACUGUGUAUUUACUUGCAAAAAGGAAAAUGACCCCGUCAAAGCGACUGUGGUAAAAGUAGUGCCAACAGCUAACAAUGGAUCUGCAGAAAUUGUCCAGCUAUUUACCAGAAGAGAUGAUCGUGGCAUUUCUAUAUGGUUUACUUUCCAAAAAACUAAAUACCUUUGGGAUUCUGAUAAAAAAACAUUUAGAGGCCUUGAAUAUCCUAUUCAUAAUGCCUAUACAGAGUAUAGUUCUUGGAAGGGCUAUCAAGAAGACCAAGAUAUCCAACAUGCAGAAAAUUUCUAUGGUAAAAAUGAACUUGACAUGGUUGUACCUGAAUUCAUGGAACUAUUUAAAGAACGGGCUACUGCUCCAUUUUUUGUUUUCCAAGUAUUUUGUGUGAGUCUUUGGUGUAUGGAUAAAUAUUGGUAUUACUCUAUAUUUACUUUGAUGAUGUUAAUUCUCUUUGAAUGUACUUUGGUUCAACAACAACUAAAAAACAUGUCUGAAAUUAGAAAAAUGGGAAAUAAACCUUACAACAUUUUGGUGUACAGAAACAGAAAAUGGCGUUCAAUUCUAACAAGUGAACUUAUACCUGGCGACAUUAUAUCAAUCACUCGUUCACAGAAGGAUAAUUUAAUACCUUGUGAUGUUUUGUUAAUCAGGGGAUCAUGCAUUGUGGAUGAAAGUAUGUUGACAGGAGAAUCAGUACCUCAAAUGAAAGAGCCAAUAGAAAGUGUUGUAGAUCAAAAAAAAAUUCUUGAUCCUGAUACUGAUGGCAAAUUGCAUGUCUUAUUUGGAGGCACAAAAGUUGUACAACAUACUGCACCUACAAAAGCAACCAGUGGAUUGAGACCAAAUGACAAUGGAUGUGUUGCAUAUGUACUAAGAACAGGCUUCAACACUUCACAAGGAAAACUCCUUAGAACAAUUUUGUUUGGUGUAAAGAGAGUUACAGCAAAUAAUAAAGAGACAUUUGGAUUUAUAAUGUUCUUAUUGGUAUUUGCAAUUGCUGCCGCGUGGUACGUGUGGGUGAAAGGAAUUGAAGAUCCUGAAAGAAACAGGUAUAAGCUUUUCCUUGAAUGUACCUUGAUCUUAACAUCAGUAAUACCUCCAGAGUUACCAAUUGAAUUGUCCUUGGCAGUAAAUACAUCGUUAAUUGCGUUAUCGAAGCUAGGCGUCUUUUGCACGGAACCAUUUAGAAUUCCAUUUGCAGGAAAAGUGGACAUUUGCUGCUUUGACAAAACCGGAACGUUGACGAGUGACAAUUUAAUUGUGGAAGGAGUCGCUCUGGCGAAGAAUGAUUCCAAAGUUACGGCAAUUGCAGAUGCGCCAAUGGAAUCUAUACAAGUACUCGCAACGUGUCAUUCAUUGACUCAAUUAGAUGAUGGGCUCGUCGGCGAUCCACUGGAAAAGGCCACGUUAACCGCAGUGGAAUGGUAUGUUACCAAAGCUGAUGCCGUAGUACCGCGAAAAGGAAAGUCUCCCGGCUUUAAAAUUUUUGUGCGACACCAUUUUUCUUCAACUUUAAAAAGGAUGUCUGUCAUAGCUGGAUACAAUCCAUUUGGCUCAACUGAAACCUGCUAUAUUGCCAGUGUUAAAGGUGCUCCUGAAACCUUAAAAUCAAUGUAUGCUGAAGUUCCAGAAAAAUACGACGAAGUAUAUUUAGAAUUGGCCAGGCGAGGUGCCAGAGUGUUAGCCAUGGGGUACCGUGAAAUUGGAAAACUGUCAACACAAGAACUCCGCGAUAUGACCAGGGAAGACGUCGAAAAAGAUUUGAAAUUCGCCGGAUUUGUAAUAAUAUCUUGUCCGUUGAAGACCGAUUCGAAAGCAGUAAUAAAAGAAUUGCAAAACGCUUCUCACGGCGUCGUCAUGAUUACUGGAGACAACGCUCUUACAGCUUGUCACGUGGCCAAAGAACUCAAAUUUACCACACAUCCAACUUUGAUCUUGACCGAGAGUGGUGACACCUUUUUGUGGCGGGCAAUCGAUGAAAGUGUAGAAUUACCUUUAGAUUACGAUUAUAAAAAUCUAGUCAAGAAAUAUGAUUUGUGUAUAACGGGAGACGGUCUUAAUUACCUUGUAAAUAACUAUCACGCCUUUCUUAACUUGAUAUUGCCUUACAUAACAGUAUUCGCUAGAUUUGCACCGAAGCAGAAAGAAUUUGUUGUUUUACAAUUGAAAAAUUUGGGGUACACCACCCUCAUGUGCGGUGACGGCACUAACGAUGUGGGAGCAUUGAAACACGCUCACGUAGGUGUAGCUAUUUUAACGAACGCACCAGAAUCUCUACCCGAUGUGAAGGAAUUACGGGAAAAAGCAAGAGCGCAACGAGAAUUAUUGGCCCAACCACAGCCAAGAAAUAGGCCGAAUCAUGCCAGACUAAUCGAACAAAGAGAGAAAUUGCAAGCGAACAUGAAUAAAAUGAUAAAAGAAAUGGAAGCGGAAGAACAAGUACAGGUGGUGAAAUUGGGCGACGCGAGUAUCGCCUCUCCAUUUACAAGCAGAUUAUCAUCAAUUAUGUGUAUAUGCCACAUUAUCAAACAAGGUAGAUGUACGUUGGUCACAACAUUACAAAUGUUCAAAAUUUUGGCUUUGAACGCGUUGAUUUUGGCUUAUACACAGUCGGUCUUGUACUUGGACGGAAUUAAGUUGAGGGAUAUGCAGGCUACUUUACAGGGUUUGCUGCUGGCCGCCUGUUUCCUAUUUAUUUCUCGAUCGCAACCUUUGAAAACUUUAUCGAAGAAAAGGCCAUUACCAAAUAUUUUCAACGUUUACACAAUAAUGACUGUCUUAUUACAGUUUGCUGUACAUUUUUGUUGUUUAAUUUUCCUCGUACAACAAGCAAAAUUGAGAACACCUAUCGACGAAGCAGAAAAGCUAUCGAAAAAUUUAACUGAUGAAGAGGAAGACGCUUUGUUCAAGCCAAAUAUUAUAAACAGUACUGUUUAUAUAAUUUCUAUGGCUCUUCAAAUCGCUACAUUCGCUAUAAACUAUAGGGGGAACCCAUAUAUGGAGAGCCUCAGACAAAAUAAAGCGUUAUUGUACAGUAUUGUGGGUUCGUCAGCAGUGGUUUUAGCCUUAACUUUGGGAAUUCUUCCGGAAUUAUCCAGCUUGUUUGAAAUUAUCGACUUUCCCCCAGAUUUCCGGAUUAUUUUACUUGAGGUACUCUUCGCUGAUUUCUUCUUUUCGUUUUUGUUUGACAGGAUUUGUUUAUGGUUAUUUGAAGGGUCGAGUAAAUUUUCAAAAAAAGACUAAUUUUUUGAAUAGUGUUUUAUUUACAUCUAGGAAAUAUAAUUUAAUUCGCCAUUCCAUCGCACUGUAAAUAUUUACAGUGCAUUAAUUUAUAAACUUAAUAUAUAUGAGAGAUAGGUUGCUGAUCAUUUUUUGUAAUAAUUAGUAAAUUGUAUAUGCACCAUCUUCAUUCACAUGUAAGUGUGUAUUGUGUACCUAUUACAAUUGAAUAAAUUAUAUGAAAAUUGUUA